AAUUCCAACCUUAUUAGCCACCAGAGGCUUCAUACAGGAGAGAAGCCCUUUAAAUGUCCUGAUUGUGGGAGAAGUUUCAGUCACCAUUGCAGCUUCGUGAGACACCAGAGAACUCACACAGGAGAGAAACCCUUUGAAUGUCCUGAUUGUGGUAAACGUUUCAGUCUGAAUUUCCUCCUUAUUAAUCACCAGAGGAUUCAUACAGGAGAGAAACCGUUUGAGUGUCCUGUUUGUGAGAAAUGUUUCAGUCAGAAUUCCCACCUCAUUAGCCACCAGAGGAUUCAUACAGGAGAGAAACCCUUUGAAUGUCCAGACUGUGGGAGAAGUUUCAGUACCAAUUCCAGCCUAUUGAAACACCAAAGGACUCACACAGGAGAGAAACACUUUGAGUGUCCUGAUUGUGGGAAAUGUUUCACUAAAAAUUCCUACUUGGUGAAACACCACAGGACUCACACAGGAGAGAAACCCUUUAACUGUUCUGACUGUUGGAAAAGUUUCAGUCAGAAUUCCCACCUUAUUAACCACCAGAGGAUUCAUACAGGAGAGAAAACCUUUGAAUGUCCAGACUGUGGGAGAAGUUUCAGUCACAAUUCCAGCCUGGUGAGACACCAGAGGACUCACACAGGAGAGAAACCGUAUGAGUGUCCAGACUGUGGGAAUGAUCUCAAUAGUAGGGUUAACCUUUGAAAUCAUAUGCUUAUACACACAGGGGAGAAACCAUUUAAGUGCCCCAAGUGUAGACCGUCCUUCAGGAAACAUUCAGCCCUUAUUGCACACAAGAAAAUCCACCUGAGGCCCUAAGUGAUGAGUGUAGAGAAGGCAUGAAUUUCAUUUCAUAGUCCCAUUGUAAGUACAGUUGAGAAAGUGACUAUUUAAUUUGGCUGUAAAGAAUUUGCCUGAUAUUCGUAGGCAAAUAUCUCAUGAUAUUAGAUAGGAAGGAGAAAAGAAGAAAUCGCAACAUAUU